AUGGUUUACACCCCCCUUUAUGUGACCGACCUCCCUUUCUCCCACCAGCUCUGUGCACCCCGCAAUCUAUUAUCCUUUGCCUCACCUGCUUCCCCCCUCCCUCCUCCUUGCUUCCCCCCUCCCGCCUCCUUGCUUCCCCCCUCCCUCCUCCCUGCUUCCCCCCUCCCGCCUCCUUGCUUCCCCCUCCCUCCUCCCUGCUUCCCCCCUCCCGCCUCCUUGCUUUCCCCCUCCCUCCUCCCUGCUUCCCCCCUCCCUCCUCCUUGCUUCCCCCCUCCCGCCUCCUUGCUUCCCCCCUCCCUCCGCCCUGCUUCCCCCCUCCCUAUGCCCUGCUUCCCCCCCCUCCUCCCUGCUUCCCCCCUCCCUCCUCCCUGCUUCCCCCCUCCCUCCUCCCUGCUUCCCCCCUCCCGCCUCCUUGCUUCCCCCCUCCCUCCUCCCUGCUUCCCCCCCUCCCGCCUCCUUGCUUUCCCCCUCCCUCCUCCCUGCUUCCCCCCUCCCUCUUCCUUGCUUCCCCCCUCCCGCCUCCCUGCUUCCCCCCUCCCUCCUCCCUGCUUCCCCCCUCCCUCCUCCCUGCUUCCCCCCUCCCGCCUCCUUGCUUCCCCCCUCCCUCCUCCCUGCUUCCCCCCUCCCUCCUCCCUGCUUCCCCCCUCCCUCCUCCCUCCUUCCCCCCUCCCGCCUCCUGCCUUCCCCCCUCCCUCCUCCCUGCUUCCCCCCUCCCUCCUCCCUGCUUCCCCCCUCCCGCCUCCUUGCUUCCCCCCUCCCUCCUCCCUGCUUCCCCCCUCCCUCCUCCCUGCUUCCCCCCUCCCUCCUCCUUGCUUCCCCCCUCCCUCCUCCCUGCUUCCCCCCUCCCUCCUCCCUGCUUCCCCACUCCCUCCGCCCUGCUUCCCCCCUCCCUCUGCCUUGCUUCCCCCCUCCCUAUGCCCUGCUUCCCCCCUCCCUAUGCCCUGCUUCCCCCCUCCCUCCUCCCUGCUUCCCCCCUCCCUCCGCCCUGCUUCCCCCCUCCCUUCGCCCUGCUUCCCCCCUCCCUCUGCCUUGCUUCCCCCCUCCCUAUGCCCUGCUUCCCCACUCCCUCCGCCCUGCUUCCCCCCUCCCUUCGCCCUGCUUCCGCCCUCCUUCUGCCAUGCUUACCCCCUCCCUCCGCUCUGCUUCCCCCCUCCCUAUGCCCUGCUUCCCCCCUCCUUCUGCUGUGCUUCCCCCCUCCCUAUGCCCUGCUUCCCCCCUCCUUCUGCCAUGCUUCCCCCCUCCUUCUGCCAUGCUUCCCCCCUCCUUCUGCCAUGCUUCCCCCCUCCUUCUGCCAUGCUUCCCCCACCCUCCGCCCUGCUCACCGCCACCCUCAGAGAGGUGAGCGCCACGCAUCACGCGAGCCUUCGAUUUCCCUGGCCUGCCCCUCCUCUCCCUGGAUCUCACCAUCCUUCCUCUCCCUCCCCAUGUGCCUCUCCUCUCCCUCCCCAUGUGCCUCUCCUCUCCCUCCCCAUGUGCCUCUCCUCUCCCUCCCCAUGUGCCUCUCCUCUCCCUCCCCAUGUGCCUCUCCUCUCCCUCCCCAUGUGCCUCUCCACCCAUCGCUCAUCCCUUUGUUUCCAUUCAAGCAUGACCAGGUCGGGCUCAGAUGAGUCUGGCAGAGUAAAGGGAGCAGCCGCAGGCUCAAGGAAGUGUUGA